UCGCGCAGCCGCCGGAGCCGGUUGCGAGCGCUUCUCCGGGGAGCGCUCUCCGGCGACCUAACGGGAUCCACGAUCGGCGAUGUCCGAGCCGCCCGGAGAGAGCUGGGUCCCCCACCUGAGCCCCGUGAACGGCGUCGGCGACGUCCUGCAGGCGCGGGUGGGCGGAGGCAGCGGGGGCCCCGAGGCCCCGGCAGGCCCGCUGGCCGGAGCCGCUCGGCCCUCGGCGCGGGCCCCGGGCCCGGCGCCCCCGCGGCUCCCCGGCGUGCCGGGCCUGAUGGCGAUGCCGCACAUGCACGCGCCGCUCCGCCUCCUGGAGCUUCACGAGCAGCGGAUGUUCCAGCACUACCUGCACACCAACCCCCUGAUCCCCGCCAGGCUGCUCCGCGACAUCGAGGAGCGCCGCCGGCUCUUCGUGGAGGGCUGCAAGGCCCGGGAGGCGGCCUUCGACGCCAACCCCCCGCAGAUGGACUCGGACGCGCGCGCCUUCACGCUGGCGCUCACCGCCUCCGACGCCGGAGGCCCCACCGCCCACUGAGCGGGGCCCUAAACCGCUGACCGACCCCCCGCCCCCGGAGGGAGGGGGCCGGAGGCCAGCCUGGGCCACAGCAGACUCUGUCUUUGUAAAAUAAAAAUAAAGAAAGAAUGGUGGCCAGGAAGUCGGGUGACCCUUAGGCUCAAGGGCAGAAUUCUGGGCAAAUGUCCUGAGGUGGGAAAUCCAGAGUACAGCCACGGACGGGCAGGGUGAAAUGAUGCAGGCCCAGGAGGGGCCGGACACUCGGGGCUCGAAGCUGGCCGGCCAAGUGGACCCUUCCGACUUCCACCUUGUGCCCGGUAGCAAUCAUUUCCCCCCCGCAAUUGUGGAAACUCAAGGCUGCUUCACUGUAAAGGACAAUGGUUUUGCAAAGAUGAAGUCUAAGAAUUGCCAAUGGGGGGGAAUAGAAGUCGACCGAGAUGCGAGAGGAACCCAGAAGACGCAGUUGUCAGAUACCGCUGCUUCGGGGUUUUGAGGAGGCCGUGAGACGACGUGGACAGCUCAGCACUGAGACUCAUCUCGUGGCUGGCCGACAAGCUCAGUGUGCCGUUAAUUCUUGUGUUUGCUGUUCUGUAGUUGUAAAUAUUCAGAUAGGGAAACGUCAUGUAUGUGUUGUGAGAUGAAUAUUUUUCAAGACUUGUGCAAUCGUAUCCAUGUGGGAGUAGAUCUGAGUUGAUGUUUAAAUGAUGGGUGUGUCAACAGGACUCAAAGCCAGCAAAAGAUGCUGUGGGGAGUUAAACUUUUCUCUCCGCCAAAUCGAAAACAGGUAUCCGCAGUGAUUUGCGCUGGGGUGGGGAGGUUGGUUGGUGUUCCGUAGGGUUUACGUUUUGUAAUGCAUUUACAAAUUGACACCAGUCUAGUUACCCCCAGUCCUGGGUGCUGAGGAAGGGACCCAGAGCCUUACAUACUGGAGUACUGCCUGCUGGACAGCCACAUUCCCAGUCCAUUGGAUUCAAGGUCGGGCUAGGGGCAUGGCUCCGUGGCCAAAGGUGUUUGUGGCUAAGCUCUAUGAAUGAAUUUGACGGCCAGCCCCACGUUGUGAGAGAGGAGUCCACAGCCGCUUCCCGGAGCACACUCAUGUGCGCACACACAUGCAAUGGAAAAGCCAACCAACAAUCUAGCUGGUCUCUACAGCUUGGGUUUUUAUAUUUUGAGUUAUAUUGAAAGUGAUUCUACAUUUUUUUAAUGACUACUAUUUAAGGCUGUAUCUUAACAUUUAAUGAACGAGUCGUCUUCUGGA